CUCGAGCGGGGAAGCGGCGGCCGUUAGGAAAAUGGCGCCGUGCGGCCCGGGGCAGACCCCCGUCACUGGUCACCGCCGCCUUCCUGGCGCAGCUGCUGUGUCACGGCCACACCGGCCGGCUGUACAGCAGGCAGGAGCCGGUGACCAUUCUGGAGGCGGAUGGGGUUAAGGACCUGCUUGGGAACUGGUCGGCCGCCUGGGUGGUGGAGUUCUACUGGUCGUGGGGCGGCCCCUGUGUCAACUAUGGGGCCACCUGGAAGGUACUGGGCCCGGGAGGUGAAAGACUUCCAAAGAGUACAAUCUCUGGGACCAAGAUAGGCUGACAGGUCUGAGUCCACAAGGGACUCCCUCGGCUGUCUCGUAUCUGUACUUUAUCAAUUUGGCGCUGCAAGCAGGGUUCCAACAAGGGCUACAUUUGACUGAAACUGGAAAAGAAGAGUUCCAUCUAAGGGUUGGACUCAAGACCAAUGGACCCACAAGAGUAUCUGAAGACUGAAGUUUAAAAAUCAACAGAUGAAGGGCCUAUGCCUGAAUUGUCGAUUCUCCUGCUGUUUGGAUGCUGCCUGACCUGCUGUGCUGUUCCAGAACCGCACUUUUCAACUCCUCUCCAGCAUCUGCAGUCCCCACUUUCACAUCAAUGUCUGACAGUCACUCAAUCCAUCAGGACCUCAACGAUUUUCAACUAUGAUUCUGUGAGAAGGAGCAAAACAUUUUGGUUCCUGUUUCAGACCAUUUUCAGCAUCAGCGGGACUGAAUGAGAGUCUCUACUGUUACAGCACACUGUGUGUAAAGCCUGAAACAGUUAUACGGCCAGGAAAGAGGAAUUUACUGUGGGCAGGGGCCAUACAUGGGGAUGUAGCUGCGGCCAUGGUGAAACCAGAGGAAUCCCACACUGUGGAGAAACCGUGGAAGUGUUGCGACUGCGGGAGAGGCUUCCAUGCCCCAUCUGUCCUGGAGAUUCAUCGGCGAAGUCACACCGGGGAGAGGCCAUUCUCCUGCCCCGAGUGCGGGAAAGGCUUUACCUGCUCCUCCCGCCUGCUGGACCACCGCCGAGUACACACUGGGGUGAAGCCAUUCUCCUGCCCUGAGUGUGGGAAGGGCUUCACCUACUCCUCCCACCUGGUGGCCCACCAGCGCGUCCACGCUGGGGAAAGGCCCUUCCCCUGCUCUGAGUGUGGGAAGGCCUUCAGCAUAUCCUCGGACCUGCUGAAGCACCAACGGGUCCACAGAGGGGAGAGGCCAUUCAGCUGCCCUGAGUGCGGGAAGGCCUUCAGUGAUUCCUCUACCCUGCUGAGGCACCAGUGGGUCCACAUCGGGAAAAGGCCGUUCUCGUGCCCUGAGUGCAGGAAGGGCUUCACCCGCUCUUCCGCUCUGCUGACCCAUCUGCGAGUCCACACGGGUGAGAAGCCCUUUACCUGCCCCGAGUGCAGGAGGGCCUUCAGCAGGUCUUCCCACCUGCUGAGGCACCAGCGAGUCCACACUGGGGAGAGGCCGUACUCCUGCCUUCAGUGCGGAAAGUGCUUUACCCAGCCCUCCAACCUGCUGACCCACCAGCGGAUCCACACCCGCGAGAGACCGUUCUCCUGCCCCGAGUGCGGGAAGGGUUUUGCUGUUUCCUCUAACCUCGUGGCCCACCGGCGGGUCCACACGGGGGAGAGGCCAUUCAGUUGUCCCGAGUGCGGGAAGGCCUUCAGCAAUUCCUCUGCCCUGCUUAGGCACCAGCGUGUCCACACCGGAGAGAAGCCGUUCUCCUGCCCAGAGUGCGGGAAGGGCUUUACCCGCUCCUCCACACUACUGACCCACCAGCGGGUCCACACAGGGGAGAGGCCAUUCAGCUGCCCCGAGUGCAGGAAGGCCUUCAGCGAUUCCUCUGCUCUGCUGAAGCACCAGCGAGUCCACACCGGGGAGAGGCCCUUCAGCUGCCCUGAGUGCGGGAAGAGGUUUACGUUUUCCCGCAAUUUGCGGAAGCACCAACAGGGGCACCAGCGCUCACAACAGUCAGAUUCCACAGCUAACACUGCUGUGAGUUCCCCCCAGGACUGAUUCUCCUGACAGUGGGUGCAGUGGGAGAGUUGGUGCACUGUAUUUGUUUUCCGUUGGACUGCAACCCCACGGUGGCUCAGGGGUGGCAUGGUGACUCAGUGAUUAGCACUGCUGCCUCAUGGCACCAGGAACCAAGGAUCAAUUCCACCCUUGGGGCAACUGUCUGUGUGGAGUUUGUGGAGGGUAGGAGAAUGGAUGAGAUAAGAAACCGCUGCCUUUCUUGAGACAAGUCUCCCGGAGAGAACUUGCUGACUGAUUGUCUGAUCUACUGAUCCUCACAGUGCCCCAUUGCCCUCAGUUAACUGGAGGAGGUCCACACAGAUGUACCGAAGCCCCUCUUUGGACUGUGGAAGGAAACCUGUGCAGACAGGGAAAACAUGCAAACUCCACACAGACAGUUACCUGAGGCUGGAAUUGAACUUGGGUCCCUUAUGCUGUGAGGUAGCAAUGCAUAGCAGUGUGCUAUCCCAAUAUGUUAUAAAAUUUGAAUAAACCUACUAAGUUGGAAA